UUUUUGAUGCAAAUUGCAUAUUUUGUAUUUUGAGAAUUGUCCCUUUUUGUGUCAGAGAAUGGCUUUCCCUAUCAGCCUUGUCUUUUUGUCGAGUUGGACAGCUGUAGCUUUUACAUUCCCUCACAAUACUUUUGACAACAUUAUUAAAGGGUCAAGAGCCGAAUUUGAAUCAUCUGGCAGCGGGCUGGACGAACCUGUCCGGGGAAUUGUUAAGGUUGUGCAGCUGGACCCUCACGCCCUGGCCCGGUCAGAGUUCUUCAGAGGGGCACUGAACCCCAGAAGAGCCCCCUCUCUCAGCUCCAGAGUGUCCUUCCCUGCAUUCUUGUCUCAUGGGCAUCCAGGUCCGGCCCCCAAAACCCCAGUGAGUCCAUUGCACCACCUGCGCCCUAAAAGCCCCACUGAGAGGGAACUAAAGAAGAAGCAAGGCCUGCAGAUGUGGCAGAGAGCCAUGAAUAAAGGAGAGAAGAUGAGCAUUUCCCUGCCGGUCAACCUGAAAGACACUAAACAGACGUGCACUGCUGUACCUUUCACUCAGCACGUGACAGCAGAUGGAUGUGACACAGUGACAGUGCACAACAAGCUGUGUUUCGGCCAGUGCAGCUCCCUGUUUGUCCCAUCCGAAGGGGAGUUUGCUGGGCUUGGUACCGGGAGAGGGGCCCUCCACCACCGGGCCCCCUGUUCUCGCUGCGCCCCAUCCAAAGCACUCACUGUGACUGUGCCCCUGCGCUGUGGAGCCGAGGUCCGGGAGAAGCGAGUGAUGGUGGUGGAGGAGUGCAAGUGUGAGACAAGUAGAGAAGAAAAGAGUGCCGAGGCUGCAGCUUCCACACACCUGUAACUGUCUAACAUCUGGAGUAGAGGGGUCAGCACAGGUGUAGAUCUUGGCGGGGGGAUGCAGGGGACACGUCCCACUCAAUAUUUACAACAUGUGCAUUUGUCACAUGAAAGCAGAGGACUUUUGACAAAAGGAAAUUCAUUUACACCAAAAAUUCCUUUACCAGAACUCAGGAAAUUACAUGUUAGAUACUCCAAAAGCCCUGUUUCAUAUGUGUUCCCCCUAGUGUUGAAACAAAACCUACACCCUUUGAGGCUGGUAAAGAUUUUCAUUUGGACUGGAGCCUUUAUUCUCCAUCAAAUCACUGCCAAUAUAUGGACAUUAUUUUUCAUAACUUGUCUGAUAAUUAUAUAGACACUUGUAAAGUACAUGUUUGUGUGUGUAUCUGUGUUUGUUGAUGAGCCUGAAUGUGUUAUUCAGAUUAAA